AUGCUACUGGCACAGCUCUUGCAGGCAAAAAGGGUAGACGGCCUAUUUGGCUUUGGAAGCAUUGUGCCCUUUUGCCCCAAAAAAGGCUUCCGCGAGCUGGCCGUGGCCCCCGUGGGGAACCGCACCGACAAGGGAGAAGCCGACGAGGCCCGCUUUGGGCCGGCCGGCUGGUUGAAUGCCACGCUUCGAGGCAUCGAGGAAAGCUUCCGCCGAGUCGACUUCCAGGUGAAAAGCCUAGCUGCUCUAGCUUCACGAAGGAAGCGCGACUUCAAGGUGAAUGUGGUGCUGCCAGUCUGCGCACAUCACGACGAGAAGCAUCUUGAGCAGCUAGAGCUUCUGGUUCUCAAGGAGGCGCGGAGGCUGGACGAGGUCUUCGACCUCUACAUCUACGACGUCUGCUUUGGUUUUUUCAUGGCCGCUGCAUACCAAGAGGACAACGAGGUGGAGGUGGAGGUGGACUUGUCGAGCGGAGCCGCACGGCCAGGCCUCCUUGAGCCGAGCUUCAAACACUCUUCAACUUCCACUUCUCUACUUCCAAGCUUCCCCUCAUGUUUGCGCCAAGGUUCCGUGCACUCCCUGCAUCUGCCACCGCAGCUGCUGCGAGUGGCCCGCUACUUCAGGCGUGCCUUCGUGGUGCCCUUCUUCGAGGAGCUGCCCACGGGCGAAGUGGUGCCAAACCUGCACCAUGUGGCCAAGCACUAUGACCACCUUCCGGACUUCAUUCUUGUCCUACAUCCAGAUGGCUACGAGCACGUGGAGAUUUUUGCUCUUCUCGCUGUGCUCAACUCGCUCUCCUUGAGGCUCUUUCCUGAAGUGCGCUUCCUCCAUUUGGGCCGCCGCCACAAUGGGCCUGUGGACCCGUCUGGGCGGGUUGCUUCGGAACUUCGUUCCUACUGCCGGAUGCGAGAACGGAAAGCAAGACCCUCACCCUCCGGACCCUCGGUUUUCCGAGGUGACUCGGUGUUGGAGCGGUCAUCUACACGGUCGCCGACAGGACGCUACUGCCACUGGGUGGAGCUGGCCUGGGAGCUCCUUUUUGGUCGCCUGCCGCAGCUCCCGCAGGACGACUACGGGGGCUACGACUUCGCCCAGUUCAUCGCCAGCCGCGCCGCGGCACAGAGCCGGCCAAAGGCCUUUUGGCAGAAUGCUUGGAGAGCUCUCUGCAGCGCUGCGAACUACCAGCUGCUUCCGGGAACGACCUUCAUCUCUUGGAAGGAGAUUACCGACACAGAAGGCCAGCGAAGGCUCUACGGCUUUCACAAGGGCUUGACGACGGCCUUCGAGCACUUGUACCAUGUGAUCUUCAACCCCCAGCCGCCGACCCAAACCUGGCUGUGGCCCACCCGGCUGCGGGACCCGUCCCUUGCCUUCGGCCUGAAGUUCCCCAUGGGUGGCAACCCGGCACUGCUUCGCUAUUACCGUUGGGCGCCACACACGCCAUUGCAGCUGUAA